AUGCCGUUUGGAGAGUACACGAUCACACUCCAGGACGUGGCAUAUCAGCUGGGUUUGCCAGUGGACGGGCGUUACGUCAGCGGCUGCCUAUCAGAGUUCCAGAUAUACAUCCAGGGUGGCCGUCCAGCCUGGGUGUGGUUCGAGGAGUUGCUUGGAGUGGUACCUCCUCCUAGCCAGGUUCAGAAGUACGCGGUCAACUGCAGCUGGUUUCAGGAGACUUUUGGUGAGUGCCCGGAGGGAGCUGAUGAGGAGACUGUGCGUCGAUAUGCCCGUGCGUACAUCAUGAUAUUGUUGGGCACGCAGCUGUUUACGGACAAGUCCGGCAACCGCAUUCACAUCAGAUGGCUUCCGUUUGUAGCUAGGCUGGAGGAGAUGGGGACCUACAGCUGGGGUUCUGCAGCACUGGCAUGGUUGUACCGGUGCAUGUGCCGAGUGGCGAACAGAAAUAUUAUCAAGCUAGCGGGCCCACUUCAGCUACUUCAGUCAUGGAUUUUUUGGCGAUUUCCUCGGUUUAGGCCUGCAGGGUUUGAGACGUUCAGUUGGCCAUUGGCCUCGAGGUGGUCAGGUUACAACCCAUCCAGUAGCGAGAAGGGUCCUAAAGUUCAGAUGUGGAGGCUCUGGAUAGACCGGUUGCAGGAUAGAGAGUUUAUCUGGAUGCCGUACAGCAACCCCGACGUACUUCAGGUUGUGCAUCCAGAGGUUUUGGAGCCUCGGCAUAUGGCGCUGUGGCGGUCUGUUACGUCGCUUAUCUACUUUGCCGUCAUAGAGUGGCAUCAGAUAGAUAGGGUUCUUCCGCAGUUUGGAGGGGUGCAGCCCCGUCCACAUCCCGCCCUGAACAUCGACUUUCUGAUGUCGAAGGACGGCAGAGGCGGCGAUCGAUGGUUCCCGUACCAUUUGCAGAAGUGGCAUCUCCAUUGGGAGUCCCGUGCGGAGAGCGUGCUGAGGUUCGAUGUUGUUGCUGACCCUGGUCCGUCGCAUGAGUUCCUGGAGUGGUGGAGUUAG